GUGUGACAUUUGCAUAUACUCAAUCUGUUCCUUCAGUUCUCGUAAUUGGCUCUCAAUUUUUGCACUUCUUGUUUGCCUUGAACUCCGGAAACACCAUGUCUGACAUCCAGAAAGGAAUGGCUUUGCUGAUUUCAGCCUUUUACAAAUACUCAGGAAAGGAGGGAGACAAAAAGACCCUGAGCAAAGGCGAGCUCAAGGAUCUGCUCACAGCAGAGAUGGCAGACAUCUUUGGGAAAUCGACUGACAAGACAGCUCUGGACAAGAUUUUUAAGGAUCUGGAUGCAAAUCAAGAUGGCAGUGUGGACUUCCAGGAGUACAUCACCUUGGUCGCCUGCAUCACUAUGAUUUGCAAUGACUUUUUCAAAAAACAAUGAUCUUGUCCUUACAGAACGUUUAUCUGUAAAGUGGUGUUGUAUCUGAAACUAACAAUAAAGGUUUUUAAUGAUUUGAAUUAAAUCUGUAUUCUCACAA